AUGCUCCCGCCUUGCCGCCCGUCGCGGGCCGUUCCUGAGCCGGCCGUCAUGCGCCCGGCCGAUCAUGAGGGCACGGCGAAGCCCGUGCUCAAGAAGCCCGGGAGCGCCGCGCUCCUGGCCAAGAGGAGGGCGUACGUCGCUGAUGACGAAGGAGGAAGGAGGAGGCCAGGGCCCUCCGAGGCCACGCGACCUGCCGUGGCCGCGCUGACCCCGGCGCGGGCGGAAGAGGCCUCCUUGCGUUCGCCCAUGACCGAGCGGGCCCUUCGAAGUUCACUGGCCAAGCCUCAGGAGGAGAGCGCCUCCGUGGCCAGGCAGACUCCGGGGGCACUCGUCUCUGGCGCAUCUGCGGGCGGUUCGAGGGCUCCGGAGCCCCCUGCCGCCCUUGCUGUUAUCGCGGCGCUAGUCCAGGCGCCGGUGCCACCUCCUCCCCAAGUCCUCACGCUGGCGGACCAUGGCUCCUCUGCCAUGCCCGGGCGCCAACCGGCGCAUGGUGGCGGGUCGUCUGGGCUGAUCUCGGGGUGGCUCCAGGCCGACUCGUCCGUCAGGGUGUCCUGGGGCCAGGCCGAGGCUGUCAUUCCGGAGGGCAGGAAGGAGGCUGGCGAGGCCACAGUGGCCCGUGAUGCAGCGCUGAUCGAUGCAGCGUCUGCCAAGGAGCGCUGCAGAAUGGUGGAGGCCGAGCUGAAGGCCCUCAGUGAUGAGAAGGCUGCCCGCACCCGUCGGCUCGAGGAGCAGGAGGAGGAGCUCAAGGCCCAGGAGAAUGCGCUCGUCAACGGCGACACCGAGCUGGAGCAGGCAGCCCAGGAACAGGCCGCGGAGCGGAGCCGCCUGGGGAAGCUGAAGGAAGAGACGAAGAUGGCCCAGGCAUCCCACACCAAGCUUGUCUCCAAGGAGAAAGCCCGGCUGGAGGCCAGGGAGAAGUCCCUCACCGCAGCUAAGAAGGUGGCCGCCGCGGGGCGCGACGCCUUCAUCUCCCUCCAGCCAAGGUCCCGCAUGGCACUGCAGAUCCUUUAUGGGGAAGGGUAUGAGGAACCGCUGGUGACCCCGGAGAAGGGCCCCGCCAGGCUGCUCCCUGUCGGGGAAAAUAUAUAG